CUGGAUGGAGGGGCUGAAACAUGGCGAACGUUUGCAGAAUGACGAACAGAGACAUCCGGCUGAUGAUACGGCUUUGUGCCACCAGCGCAGCCAUCUUCACUGGAAGGAGGAACUCUGCCGUGAGAGGCUGGAAGGCCAUAAGAAAGGAGAUGGGGCUCCAGGGGAUGACGUCAGCACGGCAGCUGAAGAAGAAAUGGGACAACCUGAAAGAAAAGUACAGGGUGUUGAAGAACCCUCCAGAGGGCACAGAGAACUUGACCAAACCCAGUUCGUGGUGCUGGUUCCACCUGAUGGACGAGGCCAUGAGUGGUCGCCUGGCUGGGACUGGCAACCUCGUGCAGCCCUUCCUGCUGGACGGAGACGAGGAGCGGGCCGCAGCCCUGCUUCCGCUCCGUCUUCCCACCAGGGGAGGAACUUUUUCUGGGCUCAGUGUUGUUGAUACGGGAACUCUGGAGGGGCCAGACCGCUUCACUUUACACCACGUUACCACCGGACAGCAGCAGCAAACACAGACACCACCAAGACGCCCUCCCCCAAAAACAUUGUCAGAGGGGCCGCAGAGGUGGACAGGAAGCCGUCUGAGCUGCAGAAAGAGAGACAGGCUCUGGAGAGAGAGCGGGCAGCGUUUGACACAGAAAGGAGACAGACAGCUGCUGAGCAGAGACAUGGCCUCUCUUGAGCGAGACAGGAUGGUCGUAGAAAGAGACCGAGCGGCCGUGGAGAGAGACCGAGCGUUUCUGGAUCAAGACCGAGCCUUUCUGGACAGAGACAGAGCUUUUCUAGAAAGAGCCAGGGAGGCUGGCUGUGGACGGGGAUCAGGCCGAGGUGACAACAGAAAAGGAGGUCAUACUUCAGACCAGGUUCUACCAGAGCCUGAUGGCUGCGGAUCUGGACGCAGACCAGCUGGAGACCAGACAGAGACUGGUUUCUUUGUUCCAUAAGCUUGUUGAGAAACUGUGAGUGGAGGAUAUUUUGUUUUGUGUUAUAUAGAUGGAUUUCAUGUGAUGAAACACCCCCAGUUGUAAAGGAUUUGGA